UUUCCAGGCCUGCUACUUCGGUUCUUUCAUAUUUCCCACAAUUCCAUCGUGUGUCCUCUUCCGGUGUAGAACCCCUACGUGUGGCAGAAUCAGCUACCGAAAUGGCAAAGUCAAAGAAUCAUACCACCCACAACCAGUCUCGCAAAUGGCACAGAAAUGGCAUCAAGAAGCCAAAGUCCAACCGUUAUGAGUCGUUGAAGGGGGUUUGCCCUAAGUUCUUGAGGAACAUGCGUUUUGCCAAGAAACACAACAAGAAGGGGGCGCAGGCCAUUGCCAAGAAAUAAAGCAGCAGAGAUAUUCCAGAGGCACCACAUUACCAUCUUUCUUAAUGGACUCUGUACUACCACAUCAAUAAAGCCAUGGUUUGUUAAGGA